CUGCUGCUGCUGGUGCUGCUGGUGGUGCUGCUGCAGCAGGCGGGCGGGAGGAGUUCCCCCCCCCCCCCCACCUCGUUGCACGAAGAUUUUUUUAUUUUUAUUUUAUUUUAUUUUUUUUCGGGCGCUUGCAGUCCGCAUCUUUGUUGCAAAACUAGCUCCAGAGGAGAGGCAAGGCAAAGUCUUUUGUGCUUCCCCUCCCCCCCAGCAAAGCAAAGGGGAAAAUGUCUCAGGCGAGAGGAAAUCCCAAACACUUGGUUGACGUCUCAGAGAGUUCAUCCCAUCAUUAAAGUCUCUGGGGUGCUAAAGCACUUCUGAGUCAUCUUGACUUUGGAGAUGUUGCAAACAGAUGCUCAACAUCCUUCGUCGAAGCUCCAGGCAGCCGCUCGCACAUCUCCGUCUGCUGGUGCUGGCAAAGCCUGGGCUCAGCACCGCUGGGGAUCUGCACCCUGUAGCCACACACAAGGGCUGAGCACGGCGAGAGCAGCAUCCGACCACAUCGGGAGGGCAGCUCGGGGUGGGAGCUGCUCGGUGGAUGCUCUUGCUCCCCAUUAAUCAUCCCAGGAGCGAUGGCCAUUGCUUAUUAGGCUGCUGCAAAAAGCCGAGUGCAGCGAAGCCCAAGGAGCAUUGUGCAAGCAGCCGGAGGGAGCAGCCUCUAUGGCUGAGGCAGUUUCAUAUUUGUAAGAAAGAUUUCAGAGAAAAAGCAUUAAUUUUUUUCCCCCGUUCAAGCAGGAAAACUCCGCUGAGCAGAGCUGAUCCAGUUUCUUGCUGUUGCUGUUUUGUUAGCCUACUUAGCUUGCAAUUUUAUAAUCACGGCUAGAUUUUCCUAGCCUGCACCGAGCAGAUCAAAAAUCAUUAGCAGAAUUGAAGCCCAAAAAACAUCCACUUUUACUGCGCUCUGAUGAAACCAGUGGAAAAAAACAGUAAAAGUUGCAGAUGAGAUGCCAAAGAUAAGGCAGCAAUAGAAAAUGAGUACAGGAGUCAACACUUGACUGUGUCUGCAGCGAGAGGCUUUUUAUGAAGGCUGAAUAAGCAAAGGCUCCGGAGCUGCUUUUGAAGGAGAAUCUUUUUCUAAACAAAAAUAUGUAAUUGCACUCAAUAAAACAACGCUCGCCGGUGCCAAAUGGCCUCGGAGCAUCGUGUGCCGGCUCUGCCGCGGACGUCUCAAGCAACAUGUUUUUGUGCUUAUUUUCCUCCUGCGGUGGGGUCUGGGCCUGACGCUUCUCACUCACAAAAUUUCGCCGGGGUUGUUCGGACACUCGAGCAGCAAGUUGCUUUGUGAACAUCACAGCUUCGCGUUAUCCUUCCUCUUAUGGAUGUUUCUUGCUUCUCCGGUAGUUCAAGGUCAGAUGGAGAAUGACUCAAAAAAAAAAAAAAUCAUUAUUUUGGAGCUGUUGGAGCAACAAAAAGUCCCCAUCCGGCACGGACAGCCCUGCCCAGAGCAAAGAGGGUGAGAAGGGUUCGAUCAGCGUCGAUGGCUGCCUCUCCCCGGCCUCGAUCCCUCACAGGCUCCCAGCAGAUCCCAUCCCAUUUCUUUCCAAGGAGGAUGGGAGCCCCACAAGCAGCCCUGCGUGCCCACGCAGGUACCUGCGUGCAGGAGAAGCCUUCCCUGCAGCAGGGUGCCCGGGCUGAGAAGGUCCCGCUGGCAGUGGCUCUGGGCAGGGUCCGUGCAGCACCUAGCGCUGCCCUUGGCACCGGCCCCUUGCUCCCCAGGCACUUUUCCAGUGCCCGCAACUGGAAGCCAUUUCGAGGCACGCUUUCCAGCUUUGAUUUCAACACAGCCCUUUCUUUCUAGUGCUGCUUUAAUUGCCUACAAUUAGGGGUCUCCGGCGCGGCAGAAACACCGGGAAUUAAAGCCAAGUUCGGCUUCGCGAGGACUGGAAUUGAUUUCUCCUCUCAGGCAGCUGAUGCUGUGGCCUCUUGUAAAGGAGGUGCCAGGCUGUGAUCCUAGCACUCCUGCACGCUACUGCCCGCGGGUUAAUUAAAGCAGAUGCACGACGUUUAUUGUGGCUUUAUUCGAGGAGCCGAACACCUGUAGGACCCGAGAGCAGCCGUCCCCCUUCUUCCAGUUGGGUGCACCGUGAAGGAAAAAGCAGGGACUUGACGUGCUGUCAUCAGGAUGCCAAAAUCCCUCUGGGCAAAACUAUGUCUUGAGUCAAUUUGUUUGAGCACGGGCCCCCAGCACUUGGCAGAAAUGCCUCUGAAGGAGCACGGGGCUUUGGGCAGCCCCGAUGGGUCCCUGGAGGUGCGAUGGGGGCACCAAGCUCCUACACAAGCAGGAUCCGAGCUGGAUUUCCAAACCCCAUGCGGAUUUUGGAGCUAGAAGCAGGACAGAGACACCGUGACAGCUCUCAUCACAAGCUGGGCCACCGCUAAAAUUUUGGGGAUGGACACAGACCUCACCUGCAGCCCCUCCUGCAGGUUUGCCUCUGCUCAGCGCCGUGCUGGUGGUUAACGCAGAAGCUCGCUCCCAGGAGGACCUUGGUACUUAACCGUACUAAUUAAAUGUUUUCAGAAACCACAAGAUUGACCUUCCCUGCGUGCCCACAGAUUUUUCUCUUAUUUAACAAGCACGGGGUUGACAGAGUAACCUAUUAAAGGAGAAGAAAUGCAGCGCUCUAGAUACUGUUGUUUUCCAACCCCUUCUGAAGGUUUUUUUUUGCUUUUUCAGCUCCGGGUUGGAAGCCAUAAUCCCCUAAUAACCUACCAGGAGCAACCAGGCUGGAGAUGACGGGUGCUUAGCUCAGAGCACAAAGCCUGAUAAAGCAGUUAGCACACCUAAACCCGAAGUUUCCUCACGUACCUGUGCAAGAAGCCCCAGCAGCCAUUAUCUGUAGGGGCACUUCAGUAACCGGAGAGCUCCUCUGUGUGCCGUGGAGCUGUCCUCUGGGAGAUACCCUCUAGAAAAACAAUAAAAAAUAAAGGCAAUUAACAGACUGACUUCCUUACCUUUCCCAAGGACGCCAGUAAUUUGCUCAAUGCUAAUAAAACCUGGAGCAUCUCGACGGAGGACUUGAGCUCCUGCCAAGGAAUCGGUUUUUACAAAUUAACUCAACAAGCAGCUUGGGGCCGUGCCCGGCACGGGGGGACGUCGCACAACAGCCCCUGGCACCAGCAUCUGAGCUGUAGGAACAGCCCAAAAUAACCCCCUGGCAGCUGGGGAGGGCGACACAGAUGCAGCGUUCAAAGAUUAUGGGUAGUAAAUCGCUCGCUGAAGAUAAGAGCACCCAAAUUCACAGCGGGUCCCUCCUCGGCAGCCAGCAGGACCCGUGGGAUGAUGCCAUGGUGUGGGUACCUGGGCAGGCACUUCCACCCAGCCCGGUUUCAGCUUCAUUCAUGCCAUCAGGCAGCUUCCUUUAGAGCUAACCAUGUGAUUAUUUAUUUAUUUAUUUAUUUUUUUCCCCCUCAAAAACAUUUGGUACUGCCCCCGCAAUGAAAUCAGAAGCUUUCUGUCAGAUAAGAGGCUGGAACAGCUUCCUGCAGUCGGCGAGCAUUCCUCCUCUCACUCUUCCUGUGCGUCCCUCAGAACAAUGCCAGCGCUCCCAGCACCAGGGAGCGUUCCCUUCGCCUCCCAGCGCGGCAUUUCGGGCCCAUCCUGUGCGAGCAUCUCCCCAGGCAGCGCCUCCUUCUGCUUUCAGAAGGCCUCGCUGCAGCUCAACGCAGGCAGCGGUCUGGGAGGUUGGAUGGGAGACGGGUCUGGAGAUUUAUUUUUUUCCACCUUACAGUAGAAGCUGAUUUAUUUUAUUUUUUCAUAUUCUGAUAUUGAAUCUCCUCAUGCAUGUGUUAAACUUGGAUCGGAAGAGUUUUUUUUUUUUUUUGCAGGAGUCACUGGGACUGGGUGUGCUUGCAGUUGAGCGUGAGGAUUUACAAGGCUGGGGGUGUAUUCUGUCCUGCUGCCAAGCGGGGUGGACAUCAGGGAUCUGCCUGGAUGAUUUACACCGCCUUCCUCUCCCUUGGUUCCUUUUUUCCCCUUUCUGCUUGUCUGUUCUUGCAACUUAGAAAGCGGUAUCGGAUUCGGGAGCGUUUCUGUGUAUAAGUGAAACUGCAGCCUGGAACCUCGCACAGGGACUUGUGUAGAGGCUUUGACAGAAGGGCUUAUAAAGGGAGGUUUGUACUUACAGCUCCUGAUUUAGAAGGCUGGGUGGAGAGAUGCAGCCUAACAGGGUUUGAUCCACGUGGACGUAUGUGGGUAGAGAAAAAUCUGCCCGGUUGUGUCAGGGACACUUGACUGGAAAAAAAAAAGGGGGGGGGCAAGAAGUGCCGUCUUCUGCCACGGUGCCGUGCCAUCAGGAGGGCCGUAAUGCUUUCUGGACUGAAAUAAGAGCUGCAGAAAGGCUUUUGUUCUUUGCUUUACUUUAUUAGGUGAGGUGUGAGCAUGUGUGCGCUCUCAGCAGGUGGCUGGAGGAUGAGCUGCAAGUCCGUGCCCUCUGACUUCUGGCACAAACCUCUCCGAGGCUCCGAGCUCCCCUGGGAGCCCAGGAGCUGCUCCGUGUCCUGCACACCUCCACCUGCACGGCUCGGAGCUUCUUGAGUUGCUUUUACACUCAGACACAUCACUGAAGGACGGCAGGGUCAAGAUGUUGUGGUUUGGGUUGCACGGGGCUGCUCCGGCGCUGGCAGCACCCAAAGGUGCUGCAGGGUUUGCCCGUGGGCACCCCUCGCCCCUCGUGGGUGCCCGCGUGUUUGCAGGCAGUUGGAGGAAGCACUGGGAGCACUGGGUGCCUGGAGGCAUUGCCAGCAGAGGGAGCAUGAGGGAGGUGCUGCCAGCUGCGCUGUCCAGAGCUGUCGAGUAUCACCCUCGAUUAUUUUGGUACAGAAAUAAGCAAACGUGCUCAUAAAUGAGAAAAAAAAUAAAAAAAUAGCAAAAGAGGGGUGUCUAAUGGGGGAGCACAAAGGCAGGUUGGUGGCAAUCCUGACUGCGUCGACAAGGACAUUUCUCUCUCCCACCACUAAGGGUAGCUCGGGGAGGGGAGGCUGUGGGGUCUUUUGGUGCUUGUUCCUGCUCAGCAUCCACGCAGCAUGAACAAGGAUGUGCUCACGCUAAGCAGGUGCUAACAUUUAAGCACCAUUGCAAUGUGGGAGCCAUCACAGCAGGAGCCACACACCAAAACUGAGCUUUUAAAUCCCCGGCACAGCUGAAAUCAGUGGGUACAAACCUCACCUUCAUCUUCCAGAGCAGCCCGCGUGUCCCUGUUUUCUUCGGGGAGCAGCUGCCCCCGAUGAGCACACCUCAAAAAGACCUCACAGGACCCGCUGGGAGAGAAACCCAGCUACACUGAGUGUGUUUAAAAAGCCUGAAAACUAAAACUGGAACUGGAGUGAGACCUUCAGCAAAGAGGUGUUCAUGGGCUGGUGGGGAGCGGACCCGUGCCGGGCUUUAGGAAAUUGUUUUCUGGGGUUUGUACAGAGCAAUGGGAAAGUUUUGUUCCUCUGCUGAGUUUUCCAGGGUUGGGAAGAGUAGAGGUGUCAGUGGCUGGGCUGGGGGUGGUGGUUUAAUGCAUCCUGCUCCUGGCCACGAGGACACCUGCUUUUAUGCUGCGUGUAAGAGGCUUGCUGCUAAACGAUGGGGAGGGGUCAGUGCCCGGGGCUGCGCGUGGUCACCCCUGGUAGGGUUUUGGGGUGAAACCUCAGUCAUUUAGGGGAAAUGCGUGAGUGCAGCCAAGGGUUGCAGGCGUGGGUGAGGUCACCCAGCACCCGUAUGUGAUUGCAUGCCAUGAUGUAUUUUUGGGAAGCACUUGUUUCUCAAGAUGCAGUGGGAGGCGUCUGUCCGCGUGUCCGUGCGUCCCCGGCGUGCGCUGCAGCCCGUGCCCCCUGCUCCGCUGGCAGGUGCUCCUCGGCAGGGAGAAAAGAGAAGCGAAGGUGGCAGCCCCGAAAGCAGCCGCGUCCUCCAGACCCUCCUGCACAAAAGGCCUUUUGUUCCGCGGGUGGAUUCCAAGAGCUUUUCUCCCCUUUCGAGUCCAGCAAACUCCCACUGGAAGCAGGCGGCCGAGGUUUUGAAAACAAAGCAGCGACUAAACCAAAAGUCCCUCGGCAAAAUCCCCGCGAGGGCUGGAGGCUCUUGACGAACAGUUCCUGUGGAUUUCCUAACUGGAGAUAAGCAGCGGAGCACGCGGGCUCUGCGAGGGGAAGGCAGCGAAGCCAGCGACCCUUGGCAAGGGGACGAUACCGGUGUGAUUUACGGCGUAGUGGUGACUCGAGGGAGCGACUCCCUCUGCUGCUCGGCUCCCUGGAGCUCCACGCUGUGAUUUCUCAUGAUAACCGGGUGAGAGGAGAGGCCCCGAGGCUCCCAGGCGGGCUCCCCAUGGCCUCUGCUGCUCCCCGGGCUCUCCAUCACCACCGCAUCCUUCCCAGGUCAACGGGGGAGGAUGCAGUGGGGACGCGGGAAGCAAAAUCCUCUUGGCCAUCACUCGGGCACUAAUGAGGUUUCUCCAAGCCGUUACCACUUGUACAGCAGGACUGUGGGGUUUGAGGCCAUUUGGGGUGGGAGCAGGUUGGUGGCAGAGGAUUUCUGCUGCGUGUGGGCUGCCUGCGGAGCCGGAGCACUGCGUUAGCACCAAAGCAAAUCAAAUCAAUGGGUGGAAAAAUAGGCAAAGAAAGAUGAAAAGAAGAGGGUUUGGCCCCUUUGGCAUUUCCAUCAGACUGCUGGAGAUGGGGCGUGUGCAGGCAUCAAGUCAAAUCUUGCAUUUUGGGUUUUUACGCAGUGUUUUCAUGGAGGUACCUCCCCAGCCCUUGCAGGUGGGCUCAGGCUGGUACUCGGGGGCACCAGGGGGAACGGGCCUGCCGCGUGUGCCCCUGCUGCCCUGUGCCACGUGGGCAGCCUCCUCCACCGACUGCCAGCCUCCUGGUCCCGGGGGUGACUCAGAGCCCCGAGCACCAGGCGUGUUUUUGCCUCCGUUCGUUAUUGCAGCACAGCCGAGCGCCAGGCGGGGAGGCACACGCACACAAACAAGGCUUGUGCAACCUGCCCACGGCCACGGACGGGGUCACUGGGGACACAAGCAGAGGGUGCACAUCCCUGUGCCGGGUCCCUGCCGCCCACCACCUCCUCCUCUUUUUCCGUGGAGGCUCAGGAGGCUGCCGGAGGGCAUCGCUGGAGCACCUCGUGCUUCCCCCUUGCACCCCCCUGCGCCAUCCCUGCUCCGAGGAGAGCUGGGCAGGGGCAGGGCUCGUGCUGGGGGCAGCUCGGGGCAAUCAGGGUGGGAUUGCCCACCAGGAGAUGUCCCCAGCUCCUGCUCCCGGUGGGUCUCUCUCCUGCUCGGUGAUGUUGCCACCGCCUGCACAGAGGUUGCAAGGAGCCGUGCCCUUUCCCCCAGGCCACCGAAGUUCAUGCAGCUGGAUGCACACGUGGGAUGGGUUCAGCCAAAGUGUUGUAACAGCUUUUUUUUAUUUAUUAUUUAUAUAUAUUAAAGCCUCUUGUGCCCUACUCUGAAAGCCGUAGGCAAGCAAACCCAUCCUAUCUCCCAUCUCCUGCUUGCAUUAGCACCUAAAGCAUGAUGAAUUUCGGUCUAGUUUGCAUCGCAUCUGUUUUCUAAAGAAAAGCAGGACGUCAGGGGAGGGCUCUGCCUUGCCUCGUCCUGCCUGCAGGUCCCAGCCCAGCCCUGGCAGCAGCUCAGCAGGAAGGUCGGGGUGGCCCCGUGCUGCGCCCGGUGCUGCCUGCAGUUCCCUCACUGCGGCUGGUACAGCUGGCAGAGCUGGGAUCUGUUGUCACCGCCCGAUUUCCUCUGAAUUGUCAGCCUCAGAAAAGAGCACGUGGCUGCUCUCUGACGGUCUGCGAGCGUGGCAGCGGGUGCUGCAGGUCUCCUUUCCUCCCACGGGGGUGUUCCUGCAAGCAGGCGCUGCAGCGAGGUGCAAGGGAACCAUUGAGGCAGAGGCGGGUUGGGAAGGGAACUCCAAGGUGCCAGCAAUGGAGAGUCCAGGAUGGUGCUGAAGCCCAUAAAAGCUCAGCGAGGCUGCAGCACCCGCUGUGGGGCAGGAAAGACCAUCCUGAAGCAUCUCAGCCUCUCCCCGUGUGGCCUGAUCCCGAUCAAAGUGUCUCUUCCCCGCCGCACUCAGGUCUGAACUCCUCUAAAAUGAGGAACUCUUAUCAGAGGGACCAGCAGCCUCUCGUAACCAAAAUAUGCUGGCAGAUAAGGAGAAAUCGCAUCCCUCUGGUUUCCUCAUCAGCCUGGAUAAACGCUGCAGACUGCAGCCCGUUUGCAGGCUGCGUGAAGAGAAAAAUGGGCAGAGCGGGGGAGAUCAGGAAAUUGCCCUCAAAAUUGAAUUACCGAAACGCAGAGCUUAUUGAAAGGCAGGGAAAUGGGCUCUGAUAUUGGCACAGUUGGGUGAUGUGUCUGCAUGUUUCUGCGCUGCGGGACACGCGGAUUUACCCUGCUGGAGCCCUCGUUGCCAGCCGUGCUGCUGUGCCUUCUGCCAGCGCUUCGCUCGCUGCAAACCGUCCCCUGCUGGACGCAGGCUCAAAGGGCUGACCUGGUGCUGAAUGCACCUCGCAGCAGAACCGAAGAUCUUUGUGUGUGUAGCUCGGCAGAGCUGACAUCUGUCAGUCACCACAAAAAUUGGGCACGCAGCCCCUUUGCAGCGGGGACGGGCCCCGAGCCACUGCUAACCCUGGCGCGAGCAGGGCACGGCUUUGCGCAACCUCCGCCGCCCGGUUCAGGCGGUGCACCUCCUUGCGACAGCCCUGCUAUUUUGGUUUGGGGCCUCUCCUGCGCUGGGUUCAUUGCAGGUUGUGGGGCUGAGUCACGGGAGCGAGCGGAGCCUUGCGACAAGGCGGCCCCGGGGCUGGGUGCAGCGGGAUGGGAUGGGACGGGACGGGGUGGCCGCCGUGCUCCGGUCCCAGCGGUGCUGCACGGUGCUAACGGUGUCCCUGCACGGGGUCGGGGGGAUUGCUGUGCCCACCCCAUGGCAUGGUGUGCCCCUCUGGGCUUUGGGAUCCUCAGGAAUUAACCCAGGAGGUGACUGCAGCAUCGUCUGCUCGCUUCCAGGUUUCUAGGUGUUGCUUUUCCCGAUGGAGACGCAGGGUGCAGGGCUCUCUGUCUCCGUAUUCUUACUGCUCAGGCUGACUUUGGGAAGAGGGAAUUAACCACCUCUGGGCUGCCGUUCUGAGGUUAUCUCCUCACCAAGGGGAAUUUGGGUGAUGGGCUGGCUGCGGCUGGGUCCGUGGGGUGUCUGUAGGAGCCGGACACCCUGCAUGGUCAGAGCCAGAAAGGAGAGGCAGAGGAAAAGACCAAGGGAAAAGGACUCGAGCACUCCCUUCAGCCCGCUGGCAUUUCCAGUGUUGCUAUAUUAGAUAAGACUAAUUGAUUGAUUGAUUUUUUUUUGGAGAAAAGCACAAGAGGAAAAGCAGAGGGCUGGGAGAUCAGAGGAAGCUGGGGCUAUCCCGUGGUAUCUCUGUGCCAUGUUUUGGGCAUAUCCUGGUGCCGGAUCUUGCUGUAUCCAUGACAGUCGUAAAAGCACCCCUGCUUUUCCUGCUUCCUGUCCCAAAAUACAGUUUGUGUGGAAAAAAAAAAUUAAAAAAUAAGAAUGCUUCAGGAGUGGGGCUGGUGAUGGUGAUGAUGUGUCCAGACCUGGAUGUGCUGAGGACCCCCAAAGGAGCUGGGAGCUCCAAGGCACCAAAUGCAAGGAAGAGGAUGGGGCUGGGAUCUGGGAUCAGGGAUCUGGGAUCUGUGAGCCAGGAGCUGCUGUAGCCCUAUGAGCUUGGCCCCUUCCCCCAGCAGCCCCGUGCUGAGUUGUUAAGGAAACCGAUCCCAAGUUUGCCGUUUCCAAGGCGUUACUGCAAGCGGCCAGGAGGGAAGAUGCAGAUGGGAGAGGUGCAGGAGCCGUCCCUGCUGGGCACGGAGCAGCACCACGCUCCCCAUCACUCCCCAUCGUGCUGUCUGGCUGCCUCCAGCCCGUCCAGGUGCUGAUGGAGCCAUGGAGGAGCAGCCAGUGGCACUUGGCCGAGCCUAUUUAUUGUCAGGGCUAAGGAGAGAGCAGCUGAAUUAUAUUUCGAGGAGGCAAAGAAAGCACAGCAUCCACUUCAGCCCUUCCCUUGGCUUUUGAUUGAAACUGUAACAGCCUUUAAGAGCCUCUUGCAUGCUAAAUUCCUUUUUUGUGGCUCAAUGAGGGGUUGGAAAACAGCUUUUCCAGCCCACUUCCAUGUCACCGGUGCUGAUGUGAUCACCUAGCUUUUGUUUUUCUCCAGAAACUGGGGCUUGGCUAAAGCUGUGCAUCUACGAACGGGGGGUGGGUGCCCCUUAGCCCCUCACCCCGCCCGUGUCUCCCUGCUCCAGGCAUCUCACGGUGGCUUUGUGCUACUGGGUGCUCCUUUUUGGCUUGAUUGGCUUUCAAAAACUUUCAGGAACAUCAGACCCCAAAUCCUUGAGAAAGCUGGGAAUAGUAAUGAGCCACUUUUAUCUCUCAGAAAAGGGGCAGAAAGAGGCAUUGCCCUCCUGUGAAAUUUUACCAGCGGACUGCGUGCUAAGGAGAGGUAUUUGAAAGAAAGUGUUGCUACACGGCCAUUAAACACGGCUUUAAUAAUAAAUUGUGGUGAAGACAGAACUGGUUAAUAUCCUUUCGCGGAAAUAGGAGCUUUUUGUGGCAAGGAACCAUUUACUUUGGAUUAUAUCAUAAAAAGUUUUUGACUGCAAUGAGAAGUCUGGAGACUGGGGAAUGGGAUUUGCCUUCAGAAGAGGAGGUUUAUUUUCUGUUACAGUGUAUGUGGGCAGCGAAUUCCUCUGUCUUCCCUUUCUUUCUUAUUUUCUGCUGUUUCUUACCCUUCUGUUGUGAAACUUUGAGGUCUCACUUUUCCGAUAUUGCUAUUUAACAUCGCUCUAAUUGGAAGGGGCCAGUGACAGUAAUUCUGCGCGCUUGGGCAGCGGCGGUGGGAAGAGGUUAACAGGCCCACUGGCAGACGUAUUUUCCUCCCCUCCCUCAGGAAUUGGAUUUAAGACCUUCACAGGGAAGUAUUUAAUGUGUUUUCAUUAAGGUUUUCUUUUUCCUGCUGCAGGUUUGCUUUCGGACUUCGCUCUCACAGGCAUGGGGUGGGUGCUGGGGCAGGGGGGCUCAUGCUGUGCCCCCCUGGGCAGCACUGAGGGCUCCCAAAAGGGGUGAGGGCAGCAUUUAGCAAGUGCUGUGCUAAAGAAAGUGGAUGUAAGUUUGUGCUUAGCAUUGCAGAGAGCCCCAGAUGUUUUUCUGAAUCAGAACUCAGGGCUGGGAGAUCUCCGUGCCCUGCUCAAAACCAGUCUAUUUUUUUUUGUCACAUUUUUUCUUAAAACCUGGCUUUUGAGUCAAGUGUUUGUGAAAGUCUCUGCGUGGAAAAUUGCAGGGAAGAGUUUUCAAAUGAGCUUUAGCAUGCAGGCUCCCAGACCAGCCAGCCACCUGGGGCUGAUUACGCGGGACACGACUCCUGAUUUCUGGGUGCUGCAGCUGAAUUUUCCAGGCUGCAGCUGAAUGGCUGGCAUCCCCACGGGCUUUGGUGCUUCAGCCUUCCUCUGAGUCAGGGACUUCCUCAGUCACCUGCUUCUACCAGAUCUGCAGUCUCCAAGAGCUCAGUUUCUCUGUCAGACACGGCUGAGGUCAGCCUGUGGGUUUACGCUUACCACCAGGGACGCAGACAGUCGGAUAAAUACAUGUGCGGUGAUUUUCUUCAGGAAACAAAGCUAAAAAUAAUAAUGAUUCACGAAAACGCUCUGAAAAACACCAUCCUUCUAGUGGAUGGAGCAGGUAACAACCAAUUCUGUGUGCUGUUCAGCUGCCUCCACGUUUUGAGCUCCUGCACGGAUGACUUUCUGCAGACUGCAGUUCCGCACGGCGUCGUCUUUCGAAAGCGACGUCUGCUGUGGUGAAGUGGAGGCUGUUAUUUUGACAGCGAGAUGCUUGCUUGGCAGCUGUUGUUGCAGAGUACUGAUCUUGGAACUAACAUUUUUCAUUUUUUUUUUUUAAAAAAGAGCCCUGCCUCUGGGGACAAACUACCCCAAGCACCUGGACGCUGCCCCUGGCACGGGCGCUGGAGCCAUGUGGCCGCAGAUGCGCUGGGUACCCGGUGCUGUCCCCCUUCCCUGGGUCCCUUGCUGUGACUUUCCCACGUAUUGUUUGUUUGGGAGCAGGUCUUGCCUAGGCCACGCUGCUUGCUUGCACCCUCCCCGAUGUGCAUGCUCAAAGGGAUCGGGGUUAGUUUAAAUAGGAUUUUUUAAUUUUCUUUUGCAAACCCGCAUGCAAGGAGCAGCUUGGGCACCGGGUGUUUUAUUGCCAUCCCCGCUGCUUGCCCGCUGUGGUCCCUCCCUGUCUUUGCAGGACAUUUUAUUUAGUGGGGCUUGUGUCUUGGAGCAGCUGCAGAGCCUCAGCUGAGAUCCCCCAUGCAGCUGGGAGCUGAGCGAGAGCUUCAUGCUCUUCAUGCUCAGGAUGGCUGCUGCUUUGUGGCCAGGAUGGCUAAUACUUCAUGCUCAAAUGCUCAGGAUGGCUAACGCUUCAUGCUCAGGAUGCCUGAUGCUACCUGGCUUUGUGGGCAGGAUGGCUGAUGCUGCCCACCAGGCACUUGCAGCCCCCGGCCCCAGGAGGUUCAGAGGGACGAGCAGUUUGCAUCCCACAAAACAAAAGGAGCCAAGACCCUUUGAUCUGGUUGAGAGGCAUGAAACCAUGUGCUUGCAGCCUGACAUUCAUUACACAAGCAGCAGGGGGGUAGCAGUGCAGAGGUGACCCAUCACACCCUGGCAUGGGGAGCGGGUCCUCAGGAGGUGUGGGUGCUGUGGGUGCAUCCCCUCCGUGGUGAUUCCCACUCGCGUCCUUCCCUGUGCUCUCCCGAGCCAUGUGCGCUCCGUGCCGCCUCUGUUGCUUUCUUCUGUCUUGAAAAGAAAACCCCAAAGAACGUUAAACUGCGUCUGUGUCUUGGCAGCUCAAAUACGAGAGCAGAUUGUGCUUCAAAAAAAUGGCAAAGUUUCAAAAUAUUGUAUUCUGUGAAGAAGAGACAAGGAAAAUAAACUCCCCAAAGUGCAGAUUUUAUUUCACCAGGAGGCGGAAGGCUUUUAAUAUUUAUUUGGGUUUGGUGUUUUGCUACCUAGUUCUUUUGCUGACACCACUUGUGAACCAUGGGAAGAUUAAAUGCUUCAUAAUCUGUUCUGGUUCAUGUUCAAGGUAGGGUCACUUCUAGUUGGUUCCUUUACACCCUCCCAGAACUCUCAGGUUCCUGAGGUGCAAGCAAAUCCACAAAGGAAAAAAAUAGAAUGGAAAAAAAAAAAGGAGAGUAAAUAUCUGCUUGUUUCCCUUUUAUUUUGGUGGUUGCGUGUGUAUCAUAGCAGCUGUGUGGCUGGACGGAUGCUCGAUGUGCAGAAGUAGCAGCAUGCCAAGGGAUGGCUGGUGAGGGUUAGCAGGAAAAGUUCAGCUCUAGAGUUAAAGAGGCAGGUCCUGCCUCCGUGGGCAGUUCAGCAAAUUUCUGUCUUCAUUUCCAUGUGCAAAAGAAGGAUGAAAAUGCAGAUUUUCACAUGCCUGUGAUUGCCUUGUUUGCCUAAACUGCGAGAGGAUGCAGACAGGUUUUUGGAGGCAGAGAGGCCGCGGGAACGGCAGACUUAGAGGCUGCCAGGGAAACAGGGGGUUGUUUGCUCGUGCUGCAGGACCUGUGUUUUGGAGAUGCUUUUUUUAGCUAAAAGAUGACAACAUCGAGAACACCGCUACCGAUUUAGCAUCCUGUUGGAUACGAAAUGCACUUGAGGCGGUUUGGGCAAGAAGUGGUACAGGAGGGGCUGCUUCUCAGCUGGGCCUUCUGGAGACCUCUGUGUGCAACUACGAAAAGCAGUAAAAGGGUCAAAGAACAGCUCUGCUAGCUGCAGAAAUUCCUGCACUUGUUUUUACAAUUAUUUGUACUUCCCUACAAACCAGCUUCUACCUCUUGGAAAAUCUGAGAGCUGUUCCUCAUGCUUCUGAGUGGCCCCACUUCUUUUAUUUUGCCUCUUCUGUGUUCGACUGGAAGCUCUUUGGAGCAGAGAACUGGCUUUUUUUUUUUGUUUUGUUUUGUUUUUUUUUUGCUUUGUAAGUUUGCAGCUCUGCAAAUUUCUAAUGACAAUAGCGAGCGUGCACAGUGGUUUCCAGUAAAUGCUUUUCCCACGAGGUGUCAUCAGCUGGGUUGCAGCAGCCUGUCCCAUCCCCUGGAAUUGCUCUUUGCCAAACGGAGCGAGCACGAUCUUGUCUUUUGGAGCAAAUGUUAAAAAAAAAAAAAAGGAAAAAAAAAAAAAAAGGUUGGCAAUCUGAGUUGACUAAUUGCUUCAAAAAGGUCAUUUUCAGUUCUGGGUGCUUGCGCUUUGAUCUAGCACCCCUCCGGCACUGGGAUGCGCAGACAUCCAUCGACCUGGGUUUGUGUCAAGGGGAGAAACAAACCCAAACAUGUAUAGGUGAAGUUUGAAGGAGAGUGCUGGGAAUAAAGAGUAGAGCUCAGGCUUAAAAGAAAGACAGUAAUUGAUAUAAAUUGUUAGGCUGAAAAUGUUUAAAGCCUAAAUUAGACGCCUGUGCCUUUUUUGGGGGACCAGGGAUUUUAUUACACGCUCAACCAGCCAGAUGUUUACCUUGGGGUUUUGGUGACAUGACUUAUGUUUCCAGGUUAUUUUAUCCAUGAAUCCAAAACCCCGUGCUGAAAUGUGGCUGUAUAUGUUUAGUCAUAAAAAGGUUCUUGUAUUUCUCUAGUCUGCCUGGCUCUUACGUCUGCCGGCUUGGACCCCCUUUACAGGAGAGCCUGCAUUUGAACUGCUUCAGAGCUUGAGCUGCAUCCAGCUCAGCAAGGCUUGGCUGGUCAGUGUGAACAGAAACAAAUGGCUUUGAAGCCUGCAGACUUCAUUCUGCUGUAUUUUUUUGCUGGGUUUGCACAACUUUAAUGGCCAGGAGGUAAAACGUCAGUUUAAAACAAAAUCGGAAUCUAGUUCGGGAUUUUCGGAUUCAACCUGAAAAGGAUUUUUAAUCCCGCCAGGGUUUGCAGUACUGUAGCUGGAAUGGUUAAAAUCUGUCGAAGAAACGUUUUAAGGGAUCCUACAUGGGAAGGGCUGACGAAGGAGAAAUACCUUUCUUUUUGCAUUUUCACGUGGCCUUUUUGCAUGCUAGGACUCUUGCCUGUUUUCUGUACCAAGUUGGCAGCCAGACCCUGCAGGUCUAAAUGAAGCAUUACUGAACAAAGGCACUUUAUGUUUUGAACUCUGUGCCCUGAGUCUACACCACCAGCCUGGCCUGGCAUUUAUGUUAAGUAAGGUCAACAAAUAUAGACAAGCUGCAUUUUGCAAAUUAAAACCAAAAAAAAA